CAGCCUCAUUUGGAUCCAGCGAGCUAACAUGGAGGAUGGAAAGCCCCAGGUAUAAUACGAAGAAAAUUCAUUCAAUUACUUUUAUUUUCAUAUAGCUUCUUGUGGUGUCUCUUGUGUUUGUUGUUUUAUACAUAUCUGCUCGUUGUGCUACGACCACACUAACAAAGGCUACUAGCUAUGGCCCCUCAAAAAGUUAUCAUUAUCGGAGGCUCUGUCGCCGGCCUUCUUCAAGGAUUGCAACUCAAGCGCCAGGGAAGUCAUGUCACCGUCUUGGAGCAAGACCCAUCCAAGGACCGAGCCAGUCACGAGUCUGGGGUAUCUAUUGGCAAGACAGUUGUCUCUAUCCUCGAUAAAUACGAUGCCACCGGGCGUCCCGCAGCCAUUCCGGCUGAGUACAUGAGUGCUGCAUGGCGUCGACGACUUCGGGUAGCUAACACAACAUGGCAUCACAACAUGAGCAACUGGGGAACCCUCUAUCUGAUCCUGCGGGCCAAUUUCGACGGCCUCAAGUCUGGAUGUGUGCCAAAUCCACCGGAGCCGAAACCCACCGACGGCAAGGUUGAAUACCAUUCCGGAAAGCAGGUCUAUGGUGUGAGCUACGAUAAGGACGAGGGUCUCGUCACUGUAUCGUACUCAGACGUCACCACUGGUGAGAAGGACAGUGUCAGUGCAGAGAUGGUAAUCGCUGCGGACGGAGUUCAUUCAACCGUUCGAAGUUUGAUGCAGGCUCCCACGCGAAAGGAAUACUCUGGGUACAUUGGUUGGCGCGGGACGGUGCCCGAGCGUUUGUUAUCCAAGAGCACCAUUGAGUAUUUCUCAAACAGGCUCAACUUCUCCUUGCUAGGGGGUCAUUACUUCAUCAGCUAUCUGAUCCCGACCGAAGCUGGGCACGUCGAGCCGGGAAAGCGUCUCAUAAAUUGGGUCUGGUACUAUGUCGUGCCGGACGGAUCGCCUGAGAUGGAAGCCAUAUUUACCGAUGUGAAUGGGAAAGUACACCCAAACACGGUUCCCCAGGGGCUUGUCAAUCCGGACGUGUGGAAAGCCCAGCUCGCGCGCUGGAGUUCAACCAUGACUACCCCCCUUGCUGAAUUGGUAUCCAAUACCCCUAAGCCAUUCGUCACGAAGGUCAUCGAGGCCCAAACUACUACGGCCAGUUUCUAUGACGGUCGUUUAGUCCUAGUUGGGGACGCAUUCACCGGUUUCAGAUCACACUUGGGUUGGGCCUCCGAACAAGCUGCGCGCCAUGCGGUAUCAUUGGAUAAAGUCUGGCGCGGGGAGAUCACUAUGAAGCAGAGGGAUGAGGAGGCUGUCUUGUACGCCCAACGGUUCAUUUAUCUGAAUCGUAUGAUGGGAUUUUCGGGCCUUGGUUGGAUGUUGUCAUUCCUUAGAAAUGCGCUGGCUUACGUGUGGGUGAUGUUCCGCCAUUACAUUGGCGUCCUACUCGCAUAGAUGAUAGGAGAAGUCGCAGACAGAAUUAAACGGGGUUCAGGUUGAAAGUCCUAGUGUUAGUUUCGAAUAGCGAGGAAUAUAUAAGUACCCAUGUACAACGUGUAAUCCUCGUCUCGACGAUAUCUUGUUGCUGAGAGGUAGGUACCUAGUUACCUACCAGGUAAGCACUUACUAAC